AACGAGUGAAUGAAUUCUUUUCUCGCACUUCCUCCCGAAAUGGGACAGAUCCCGACAGAUUUUACCGGUUUUCGACGCGCAAUACUGUCGUUCGACGCACGAAUAAAAUUUAAUAAAGACCCGCGUGUGAUUUUAUGAUGUAUAUAACGAUGACAUCACGCGAGCUGUGGGUCAGUGUAAAUGAAGAGUCCUAUUGUUUAACAUGAUAGGUGUCUUCGGACAUUAAAAACGUUUUGACGAUUUUGGUCGGAUGGCUUUAAACUUAUUUAGUCAGUUAACUAAUGCCUGUGAUCUCAGCCUAUGCAUCAGCGAAACAAUGAGAAUGUUUAUUUUUCGAGUAUAAUAAGCCGCUGUUGUGUAUUUUAUUUUAUGGUAUCCAAUUCGAUUAUCGGCAUUUCUAACGUUAACAAAUCAUAUUUAUUAAUGGGUUUUUAUUUAUUAUAUAAUGGAUAUUUAUUUUGAUGACAAAUUGACCGUUUUUGUUAUAACUUUAUCUGAUAUAUAUUAAUGUUGACUAUUUAUGUAUUAUCUUGUCAUUACGUAUGCCAAGGUAUGCGAAAUCUGUAACGUUCUUCGAGAUACCGAAAUUGCACUAUAACUGUUUGCAACUUAUCGGUAAUAAACAAACGUCGUUUAAUACCAAAACCGUUGAAUAUUGUACAUAGUUCUAAAUUAGGUUUACAAGACCUGCAAUACUGUCUAUAGAAAAGUACUUUUGUCCUUAGAAAUGUAAAUGUCCUUUUGCCAAAUGUUUCUUCUAUCUUUUGAUUUAUCUCUUUUUAUGUUCUUAUCUUCUGCCUUUACUGUCGUGUUGUUUAACUUGAAUCACCAAUAUUGUUGUGGCGAUCCUACAGAUUAUUACUUUCUCAACGGCACAGAUUUCUCGGCGAUCUCUCCGAUAGCACAGCAAGGUUGGCAAGGAGGGAGUUCUUCACAGGUGCUCGAGCGGGAAAUGUCGAAAACUUGUACGCGAGCCUCGCUCCCGUCAUGUCACUUCCCGCCGCGAGUUCCGACAUCGAGUUAUCCUCGAGGGUCAAGACGAAGUACGAAGAAGCUCGCGCGCGGAACUUGCCCCGCGCGUGUGUGUCGACGCGUGUUCCUCCUCCGCUAACCGGCUGCGAACUCUCUUUUUCCAGAUCCGUUUCUGAAGUGGUCCGUGCAGAGCACCCAUAACAUCGAAUACAUCCAGAACCUCUUGCCCCGCCACCAGUGCCCGAAGUGUCACCGCAGCUACAAACACCGUAGUCACAUGAUGCGGCAUUACAGAUACGAGUGCGGCAUACCGCAGCGAUUCGAGUGCCCGUACUGCAAGCACCACUUGCGUCAGCGUACGCACGUGUGGACGCACAUACGCACGUUCCAUCCGGAUCGCGAGCUCUACUGCAUCGACAUCGCCACCAACUUGAGGCUCUCCUGGCAGGAAGUGCACCGAAGCGAUUGAGACAUAUCGUUCGCCGAGCGAUCCUGCCUUUAGUCGUUUAGAAAAUUAAUUUAAUUACAUCCCACGAGAUAUCUAAUCGGUAUUGGUUGACAUGCUUCGGAAAGAAGAAUUUACGUGUACUUUCCAUUUUUUAUAUUUAUAUGUUGUUUCAAUUUUUUUUUUAAUAUCUUAAAUUUAUGACUCUGCACAGGAUAUGCGAGUAAAAUCUCCGUAUUCUGUAUCUCGUAACGUAAUUGCCGUAAUGCGUAUUGCACAUAUUAAUUAAAAAUUUUGUAUAGGUACAAAAAAUUAUAAUUAAUAUGUACAAUAUUAUGGAAAUUACACCAAAGAAUACAAUGUGAUAUGAGAAUCAUGACUGUCGAGACCUCAGAUGUAUCUUAUAUGUUUAAUUAUUUUAAUACUUUAUAAAAUAAGUUAAUUAUUUGAAGAGCCUUUUCUCGAGACACUUUGAGAAGUGAAAAUUUGAAAGAUUAGCCUCUUGGAAAAUUUGUGAAUUACAAGCGGGCAACGCUAUAUAUAUAGGUCUUCUAUAAAUAUGUAUAUAAAACAAAGUUUUUUUCAGUAUCUAUAUUAAAUGUGUUCCUAAGCUCAAACUGUCGCUCUAGAAUUUACAGGGACGAUUGUAUAGCUGGUGCCAAAAUGGUUGAAACAUUUUUCAAUGACUCUUGAAAUGCAUUCGAUAUCAAAGUUUGUUUUCCAGUUUCUUUGGAAGACAAAAUUACCUGAAUAUCAGAUGCGUUUUGAGAUUCACUAGAAAGUAUUUGAAAGAAUGGUUUCAACAAUUUUUACACCAACUACAUUAUAAAUACUAUCUUAUACGGAUAUCUAUCACGAAAGGUUUCGCUGUUCAAGCGAAAAAUCUAGUUAUAUAAUCGUGGUAGAUUUUAUUUUCAUGACAAACCUUUAAUCGUCUUUAGUGUUUUCCCACUUUUAGGUCGUAGAUCAAUACGAAACAUAAUGAAUUGCAUUUCACAAGUCACGUUUCGUUUGCCGACGAGACGAAUCUACGUUGUGCUACCGGUAAAUGUAUAAGAAAACCAUAACUAUACAUGGAUAUGGCUGCUCUGCCCCUCGUCUUCGAAUAUCGAUUUUAAACAAUAAAUUCGAGUAUCUUCGAAUUAAGAAUACGUGAUACGAGUUAUUGCGCACUAAACAUUUUAUAUGACAGUUUUUUUAAUUAGAGAAUGUGUAAUGAAACGUUCGUUGAUCUUGCGAUCUUGCGUGCACCAAUAAAGACAACUAUCAUUCGAUUGAUAUCUUUCUCUUUCCUUUCUUCGUUUAAUUUCUGUGAAUAAUGAAGUCGACGUUUUCGACUUUUUGCAACGACAAUAUUUAACGAACGAUCCCGUCCACGUGGUUUUCACGCGAUUUAUCGUUGAAGGAGUGCGCUAACACCGUUUUGCAGGACACGUUCAUUAUGAGGAUAACCGAGGAUCGACUCGUUAUUAAAACGAUCAUGCUUUUUUCAUGGGUUUCAGAUAGUUCUUCCAAGCGGAGGAGGAGUCUCGAAGAAGUUUAUUCGGAGUCGGGCCAUCUCAAUAAGCGAUACGGCCUGUACGAGUGUCCCAGUUGCGGCAAUCUGUACAAGUGGAAGAAAUCGAUGCUCGCGCAUCUGCGCCAUCAGUGCAAACAACCGCCGAGAUUCGAAUGCACGUAUUGCCCGGUAAAAAAUUAUCAGAAGGGCCAUAUCAUACGUCAUCUGCGCGUGCAUCACCCGAAUCUGUCGCCGUUGUACUACGAUUGGAAGCUCAACAAUGUGUACCGGCUCUGAUUAAGUAUGCGCUCGUCCUCGCGUAUUAUGAUUGUUAUGUCCAAUAAACUGUGCAGCUGGAUCUCCAAUUGAGUGGCUAAUUUGUAAAGAACCCUAUUAUCACCCCCCAUGACACAAUCGUCGACGUCUGAUCACUUUAAUUUCGUUUACCGAUAAAUAUGAAUGUAUGUUCAUUAGAUUCUUAAUCAACUCGUCGCCGUUUCACUUGCAGGUACGGAUGCGCUCGUCGAUGAAUAAAAUGAUACUAACGGUACGUCUUGAUAUUCCAAGAUCAGGAUGUAUGUCUGUCGCUCUACAGUCGCUCGCCACGUCAGCCUUUUCAUAAUAUUCAACAUCGUACGUAGUUUAUAUGAACGAUUUAUUUACGACGCGUGUAGACGAAGACGGAAAUGCUGAGUACGUGCGAGGUCACGUUGCGAGACUUUUCUCGCGUCUUUCUCUCAGAUUUUUAAUCAUUUUCAUUAUGCGUUGCUUGUUGGGGAAAUCCGAUGAUGCAGCCUAAGCCGAACGGGCGGUGAUCAUCGUAAAAAUCUUUUCUUUCUCGCGCGCACUCGAGCAUGUCCUUCAGCAUCUUCGUCUCCGUGUUUCAGGGCUCCACGUGGUGUCGCCGUUCGGGCCGCCGAACAUGAUCUGCAAGUAUCAACCGGGAGCGGACGGCAAGCUCAAUUCCGAGGCGUGCAGGAAAUCGAGGAUACGUACGCGCAAGGUCAGCGCCGACAACAUGAAGCCGUUCCAGUGCCAAAAAUGCGGUCGUGGCUUCACCCUGAAGAGGAACAAGGACCGCCACGUGAAUUACGAGUGCGGGCACGAGCCGAGGUUUCAAUGCCCCUACUGCGGGCUCCGCAGCAAGCAAACGUCACCGGUUUACGCCCACAUCAGAAAGAAACACCCGGAAGAGGAGGUCUUUAUCUUCGACAUGAAGCUCUGAGCACAACAAGAAGAUCGCGAGUUCUCUGGUUCCAUACCUGAUCUCGAGCUACCCAAGUGAACUUUCGUCUUUCCACUGGGCCUGCUUUCUAUCGCGAUCUUCGUACAUCACUGAAGACGAAUGUUUCUCAAUCUCGCUUGUUACUGCCAUAUUUUUCUUUUUCGUGAAAGAAGUGAAUUGUGAUUUUAUGUAUAUAUAUAUACAUGCAUAUUUUUUUUUU